AUGCACUCCGGCUGGGAGCCUUCCAACGUAGCCACCGCCAAGUGCGACAUGUGCUCCCGCCAACGCUGCGGCGUUAUCCAGAAGUGCUCCGACUGCAAGCUCUCCGUGUGUCGGGACUGCGCCUACGCGGACCGCCUGGCCAACGAUGUCAGACACGAGCUGGAUCCGGCUACGGCCGAGUGGGACUCACGAACCAUCCCCAGGGGCAGGGGCUCGAGGUCCUCACGUAGAGUUUCCAAGGCUCGGGAGGAUAACGUUCCUCGUGGAAGCGGCCACGGCCGCGGACAGGGAGAAGCGGCAACUUCCUUCACCCCGGUACGCAACCCGCAGGCACAUCUGGGCUCUUCUGCUGGUCAGAACACCCGGCUGCAAGGCCAGGAGCACAAGCCGGCAUCGAUCCAGGUAAAUUCAAACCCUCACAGCCAGUCCAUGCAGCGGACCCGUAGCACCGUCGGCAAUGCCAAAACGUCAGUCACUCAGCAGCAAGCACAGGACGCCGCCCAGAUCCUCGUCGCCAUGCCCAACAACCGUCAGGACGAUCGCCAUGAGAGCUUCCAGAAGCGCAACAAGUACGAUAACGUCCCACGUGACAGCACUCUGCCGCCUCUGCGAUCCAUCCCUGACCAUAACGGCUGUAGCCUCCCGCCUCUAAACACCAUGUACCCCGACAUGUCUUAUAACGACGGAGCGGCGACACACCAGCAAAACGCCUCGACCCUGCCCGCCUCGACCCCUUUUCAGGUGGCACCCACGGCGCUUAUGAGCCCCGAGCCGGCCCAAGAGGACUCCGUCCACCUUCACGCCCAAUAUGGCUAUGGAGAUGCGCAUCAUCACCAAGCCCCCCACGCCUAUCAGAGCGACUAUGCGAAUGCCUACCACGGUGGCGGAGGUUCUACGACCUCGAGUUAUCUCAUCCCAUCAGCUUCGACGACUCAGAAUGCGUCGAACCAGCAGCAGUAUAUGACCUCUGGGACUCAGUACAGCAAUGCUUCGUAUGACUACAGCCUUUCGGCACACAACGCUCCUGACCAGCAGUACUACGCUGCCGCCCAAACCCAGUACGGCCAUGCUUCGUACGGUCCUCAGGGCCAGUACGGCGAGCAAGCCUAUGCUGCAAGUCCACAGGCCCAGACUUUCCCUGGCCAACAGUACGCCAUCGGCCAAAAUCAGUACGGCAGUGCUACCUAUGCCAGCUUUCCACCGAUGCAAGAAACAUACGGCUACGGCAGCUUCUCGCAACCACAGCCGGCGGCGAUGCCACCAAUGAAUCAGCUCGCUCCUAUGGAGCCAUCCUCCGUCGCAACCGCGGCGUCGGGCACCCACGCUCCUGCCACGACGCUUCCGAUGGCGCAAACCGCGGCGGCCCAGCCGUGUAAUCCACAGACAUCCAGCAUACCGUCCGUCCAAGCUCAGUUGGUGCGACUCGCCCGCGCGGUCAAGCACUCGGAGCACGCAGACUGGCCCAUGGAGUUUUGUCUGCGGCUGGCCGCGCAACGGAGUUGGUCGGCGACGAUGCCCACCGUCAGGGGCACGCCCCAGGUGUUCAUGGCGCUCGCGCAGCUCAUGGCGGCCACGGACCGAGCCAUCCUCGAGCUAAACCUCCCAGAGACGAACAACUCGGCGAGACUGUGGCUGCGCGAGGAGCAGAGUCGCAUCUCCGCACCAACGGCCAACCCGUCGAACCGCCUGUCGCUGGCCAACUACCUCUCCAACCCGCCCCGAGGCAACUCCGCCUGA